AUUUAGACAGUGCAUCUCGGACAAGGUCCCUGUGUUCUCGGUUCCCACUUCAAUGAGCACAUUUCUCUUUCCUGUGGCCUCUUAUAGAACGGAUCAAUAUUGUUCCAUUUUCUGAGGACGUUUCUCAUCAGAGAACAAUUUCAGACCUUUGAAUUGUCACCCAGAUACCACGAACACUGAAUGUCAGGAGUCUGAAAAUGUGCGACCAAGAAGAAAAAGAUCACAAGCGCAAUAAGACCGCCAACUCAAAAUCCCCACAAAUAAAACACCGUCACCAUCACCAGCAGCAAAAGUUACAUCAGUCAGACGACGAUACCCAUGACACCCAUUCAGCAGCAGAGGACAGAUUCAGUGACCCUCGACAUCAAUUCGACCAUGACAAGGGACAUCAUUCCCGUUCUCAUCAUCGCCAUCACGAGCAAAACCAUCGCCACAUUUCUCUCUCUGAAACCUUGAGUUCUUCACAUGGUUCUUUUUCCUCUUCCUCAUCUUCUUCCUCUACGUCGCCAUCCUCUACUUCUUCUUCUUCCUCCACAUCUUCGUCCUCCUAUUCUUCUUCAUUUUCUUCCUCCUCUUCAUCGUCCUCCUCUUCCUCCAGCCUGUCCUCUGAGAACAGCAGUGAGUGUUUGGACAAAUACCCCCUUAAAAAGACUCAGCAUUCACAGUCAUGUACUGACAUUGCUAGUCAAAAUUGGUAUUUUGAUGAAGGAGAUGACACGGCCCCCUUGAUAGAUAAAGGGGGUUCUGUUAACAGGCACCCAGCAAAACAGAGACGGGGAAAAGGUCAGUCCUCUCAAUGCGGUGCUGCCCAGGGCACCGCAAAAUGCAGCCAGAGGAUCAUAAGAGGGGCGGGAAAUGAUGGAAAUGUCCGCAAAGCCAAAUCAAUGGAGGCUCUCACUAGACCCAAGGAAAGGGAAGAGCAUGGAAAAGAAGACGAAAGUGAACAAGAGAGAAGAAGAAGUGAAGCCAGAAAGAAUUUGUUGAAAGAAAAAAUGAAGUUCUCUGCCUUUCUCAAUGAGAUCACCAGGCAGGUGCUCAGCCCGAUGAGACUCACGACCCUUGGAGUUACAGAUGUCCAGAGUCCCUGUAGUGCGCGGCAGACCCAUGUUGGAUCCAGUAGAGCAGACAGCAGCUCUGAGAAGCAGCAGAACAGUCGGCCGGCCAGCGAAGAUUCAGUUGCUUCCAGCAAGUGCUCCCACGCGAGCAGGCACUCUGCCCGACUUUCUCAGAGUAAAUCAUUUCACCAUCAUGUUAGUCACCAUUCUGCAGACUCCCAUCCGUCGUGUCACAGGCCUAGAAGCUGCACUGAUACUACUUAUUUGAAAAGAUGCCACUCGACACCUCAGCAUCCCUCCUAUUCACCGUCCUAUAAACAUUACCAUCACCAACACCAUAAAGAAUGCAGCAGCUCAAGUCCACACCAUCACCACAGGGACCACCACAACACCAGUCAUUACCGUCACCAUUGGCAUCGCCCCAUAGCUAUCUAUCGUCAUGGAGAUACCCACAACACCUCUCAUCAAUACAGAGACCACCACAACACCACCCAUAGCCACCAUCACAGAGACCUCUAUAUCCCAACACAUCAUUAUGAUGGCCACCACCUUGCACCUCAUUCUCAUCACCAUGGGGACCAUCAUGAUCCUGCUUGUCACCGUCACCAUGGGGACCAGUAUGGUCAUGCUCGUCAUCAUGGAGCCCACCACAACCUAAGUCACCACUCCUCAACACAUCACCAAGAUCAUUACAGUGCAGGUCACCGCCACAACAAAAACAUAGAGCGCCCUACUAUACCUCAUCAUCAUGGACACCACAGCCAUUGCAGUGACCUUGGAGACAAUCACAGAGAUCAUCACAACUCAUCCCAUCAUCACCAUCCUCGAGAUCAACAUCAUCACAGCCCUGGUCGUCAUCAUCAUCUUGGAGACCCCCAUAGUCUAACCCCCCACCAUCACCAAAGGGACUCUCUUAAGCAUCACCAUGGAGAUCCCCUCAGGCCAGUGCAUCAGCAUCACCAAGGAGACCAUCAUCAAGAUCAUCAUAGUCCAAGCAGUAGGAGUCAUCAAGCCCACCACAAUGAAAUUCAGCAGCGUUGCCUUGGAGACCACCCCAGUCCCGAUCUUCACUAUCACCAUAAGGACCUCCACACUCAAAGCAAUCAGCAUUACCAUGAACAACAUCUCCAGCUAGGCCAACACUAUCAUCAUGGAGACCAAUACAGUCAAAGCCAUCAGCAUCACCCUAGAGACAACCACAGUGAAAUUCAUCAACAUCACUGCGGAGACUAUCAUACUCCAGACCACCAGCACCAUCAUGAAGACCCCCUCUCUGAAUGUAGUAAACAUCACCAUGGGAAUCACACAAGUCUGGAUAAUGAGCACCUCUAUGUAGCCCAUCAAAGUGAAUCUCACCAACAUCAACAUGGAGACCAUCAUAGUCCAGUCCAUCAGCACCAACAAGGAGAUCUACACAGUCCAGCCCAUCAGCACCAACAUGGAGAACUACAUAGUCCAGUCCAUCAGCACCAACAUGGAGACCUACACAGUCCAGCCCAUCAGCACCAACAUGGAGACCUACACAGUCCAGCUCAUCAGCACCAACAUGGAGAUCAUCACAGUCCAGUCCAUCAGCAUCAACAUGGAGACCACUACGGUCUAGCCUCUCAGAGUCAACAUGGAGACCUACACAGUCCAGUCCAUCAACAUCAACAUGGAGACCUACAUUGUCCAGUCCAUCAACAUCAACAUGGAGAUCUACAUAGUCCAGUCCAUCAACACCAACAUGGAGACCACUACGAUCUAGCCUCUCAGAAUCAACAUGGAGACCUACACAGUCCAGUCCAUCAGCACCAACAAGGAGAUCGACACACUCCAGUCCAUCAGCACCAACAAGGAGAUCUACACAGUCCAGUCCAUCAGCACCAACAAGGAGAUCGACACACUCCAGUCCAUCAGCACCAACAAGGAGAUCUACACAGUCCAGUCCAUCAGCACCAACAAGGAGAUCGACACAGUCCAGUCCGUCAGCACCUACAUGGAGACCUACAUAGUCCAGUCUGUCAGCACCAACAUGGAGACCUACACAGUCCAGUCCAUCAGCAGCAACAUGGAGAUCAUGGUGACACAAGUCAUCAAGGACAUUAUGCUGAAUCACAGCUUGACCAGCCCAACAAUGCCUAUAAUGAGCACUGUGUGCAUUUCCUGGGGCAUUCUGCAAGCAGCCCUCUUUCACACAGGAAAACAGAGUCAUGCAGGAAUACUAGCAGCCCCUUCAAACAGGAAGAAGAACAGACAAGCUUCACCAGCUCAGCUUUACAAAACGAAAAGCCCCAUGAGCUGGGUUCAAUCAUGACACUACAGGAGCAGAACCAAGGUCUGCAUCAAAGCUUGAUGAAGACAGCGGUGAGGAUGGAGAGUUUAGGAGAGGAAUUUAUGAGCAGUCAGAAGCUUUUGGAGUCAGAGCUUCAGAGGACACGUAUGGAGCUCAGCGGCCUCACAGACGAGAUCAAGAAUCUACAUGACAACUGCUCCUCCACACAACAGAACAAUAAUCUUCUGGAGCAAAAGCUUCACUCAGUGGUUCAUAAUUUGGAAGGAGAAAGAGAGAGGCUGAAUCGACGUAUCUUAGUACUGACGGAGCAGCUUGCUGAUGUAAAAUUUACCAACAGUGUGGAAACACUAAACGUAACAUCUGUGCCGCACAGCAUCGACCUUUAUUUUCCGUCAGAUCAGGCCACUACUCAGGUGCUUCACCCCAUCGCUCCCCCGCCGGCUCAGUUCAUGGACAGCCAUCACUACGAGAAAGCAAAGCCUGCCGUGCAGGAACAGUCUCUGGGGUCAGUACCCGAGGAGGAGGAAUCAGACUGGUCCGAGAUGGGAGAGGAGACCCCUCGAUUUAUAGUGACCGGGUCAAACAGAGGUCAGCCAUGGAGACACCAGAUGGACUUGGACAAGGACAGUGAGUCAGGGGGCGAGGAAAUCGUCAGACAACCCUCUCCAUAUCCACGGCAGAUCCCUCACCUCAAGUUGAGCAUCCACAGUGAGAUUUCACCCACCCCUCUGUCAAUAGCUUACCCUUCUAGCUACAAAAAUCGAUCUGGUGUCAUCGGAGGCGAGGGAAAUUACAGGAUCCCCACGAGCCAGAACCUUAGCUCUGCCAUCCUGCUCCGGUCAGCCAGCCUGGAGGAAAUUCCUCUGGCACGGCAUCACAUGCAAAAGGAGCUAAGAGGCACAGAGGCCAUGAUGGACCUCCACCAUUCGGGAAAUGAAGCUAUGGAGGAUUUAGAUAAUGAGAUCAUUCAUCAUUGGAGAACAAGCAACGACAGGGAGGGAUCUGCUGGGAGGAAGCCCGAAAGCCGGACCUCACAAGAGGGUGGCAACGCAGCCAGCCUGCAGUCAGCUGAUCGGAUACUUGCCCACUUAAUAUGUGAACCACAGCCCAGUGAAGGAAAAGGUCAAGGCAGAGCGGAGGUGCAUGGCUGGACAGGAGGGAUUCCAGACGAGGUGUUGAGAGGGGAGCGAACACAGCUGUGACAGUGACGUGGUUUAAAGUCCUGGGCCUGAAAUCACAACAUCUUUGAUCUUGGUUUAACAGGAGAGACUGAUGGAACCGCUUAUUCAGUGGCUCACUAUUACUGUAUUAAGAAAAACACAGUGAACUGUAUCUUUAAGAUGUAGUGAAUUUAUUUAAACUUGUUCUUGUUAGUCUAUAUCUAAACACACACGCUCUCUGAAUAAAAAACGACACAUAAAUAAAAAACAUAAAUAAUAAUAUGACACACAGCUUCAUACCCGUAUUUUAGUAAACAGUGAAGCAUUUCCCAGCUUGUUUGUAGUAUGCAAAUGCAAAUGUAGGUAUUUCCUCUUCUUUCUCUCGCUCUGCUGAAAACAAUGAGUAGCUACACAAAGCAUGUAUAUAUGCCUGUAAAAGAUCUACUGCUCCUGAGUGUAUUACUGUAUGUACAGUACUGUUAAAUAUACUGUUUAAACCUACAGAAUGUACUACAAUCUAAAUAAUUAAAUUCUCCUCGUAUAAGAUGAUGUAAUGUGUAUAAUGUGUAUAUAUGUAAUAUGUAAAUAAAGGCCACUGCAUUGCUCCAUCCUUGCACAAUAACAGCUUCUGGUUACUGUACAUUAAUGAACCUGCUUGCAAAAUGCAACUCCAUUAACAUCUCGAAUAA